CAGUUGUGAACUGAAAUCGAUCACCAUCGAAUAUCAUGGGCCGGAAUAUGUCGACCCAGCUCGAAAGCUCCAGAAGCUGAGCUCGCCUUCGGUCUCCACGACAGCACAAAAGACGUCUCCGGCACCCAGCACAUCCUCGGCAUCCACAACACCUCAAUCAAACCCCGCAGCGGCCGAAGCGCCUCCAGGAUCUGCAAUUCCAAUGUCGAAGCCCCCGAUGCCCAGCACCCCCUCGGUACCAAUUACCACGCAAGCAACCAUCCAACCAAAGGCCUCAGCCAGUCUUGCGACCAAUCCGAACAAGAAAGCCGGCCCCCCGCCAUCGGAAGACCAGACACCGCGCUUCUUCGUCGAAGAGCUAGUAGUGUUCAGCCGCAAACCGAACGAUGACAACCCAUACAACUUGACCCCGUUGCUCUGGACGUCGGGCCGCACCCAGUUGCAAGGUUCAGAGGAGACGGGUGCGCAGGGUACGUUUGUCGUCAGCCCGCUCAUCCCCCAGGCGUGGUCGGACGCCCUUCGACAGCGUGUCUUUGUGAAGAAAACCUGAUACAGAGAAGUGACCGUCUUGUCCCGGUAUCAGGAUGAAGUCUUGACCUGUGUCAUUUUGCUAUGUUUGCGAGGAUGCAUUCGAUAUCAGAAUGUAUUCGUCACCCGCGUUACUUUGCUAUGUUGGCGUUCUCGUAU